AUGAGGACCUUGGCCGGUCAAUUUAAUUUAACUGUGUCUCCACGUACAUAUCAACCAUGCUGUAAGUUUCGAAAUCGUUUUCGUUCAGUUGGGCACCUAAAAAUCAACAUCAAUAAAUCGAUCGACUUAGAUGAACUACGAAAGAGAAACCAAGGGGUAAAAAAAGGUGGAUUUUGGACGCCACACGAUUGCCCUCCGAGAUCUCGUGUGAUCAUCAUCGUUCCGCACAGAAAUAGGUGGAGCCACCUUAUCCAGUGGCUUGCUCACUACCAUCCUAUCUUACAGAGACAGAAACUGGAAUAUAGAAUCGUGGUUACAGAGCAGGUACAAAGAAAUCUUUUCAACAAAGGAAGACUCUACAACGCUGCAUUUUUGGAGUGCGAAAGGGCAUUUGAUUUUGACUGCGUUAUUUUCCAUGACGUGGACAUGCUUCUGGAGAAUGACCACAACAUGUACUGGUGCUAUAAUAUGACGAGGCCGAGACACCUCUCCCCGGCUGUAGACAAAUUUAGAUACCAGCUUCCCUACCACAUUCUCGUAGGUGGCGUACUGGCCAUGACAAGACACAUGUUUAAGAGGGUCAACGGCUUCAGCAAUCAAUUUUGGGGCUGGGGCGGCGAGGAUGACGACAUGUGGGGAAGGUUAGUGGCUGUUAACACCACAGUAGACCGCCCUCAUCCAACUAUUGGCAGAUACACAAUGAUAAAACACAGGACCAGGAAGGGCGAGCGUAACUUCAUGCUCACCUACAGAUUAGUACUACUGGCUACGUCUGGCAGCCGAUGGUCACGUGAUGGGUUAAAUGACGUAAGGGACUAUUGCAAACUCACUCAAGUGGCACACGAACCUUUGUUCACUCACUUCGUUUUCGACGUUGGAAAUCAGCCUCGUCAAAAGCCUCGCAAUACCUGAUAUAUGUCUGUAUAGAAUCGUUCAUCUCAAUGUUGUGGGUGAUCAUUGGAAAGUAACCGUGGUGCCCCUUUCCGCCAUUGAUAACAAAGUCAAGAUCACGAGGCAUCUUCGUACCGCCCGGCCAACCAUGACUAUAUAUUUAUAUAUAGGAGCGAAUGAUGUAGAUACUGAGUGGAGUGAGUAAUUUUUGAGUUAAGAAUACUUCGUCAUCAGCGAAGACAACAAACCAACUCUGGAGAUGUAAGCGUUUUAGGUAAAAUUGUACACCUGCAGAGUAACAAUCUUGACGGUGAAUUGUCUUCUCGUCGUUAUUCCAUUAUCAUAUCAAGCGUUAUUAUUAUUAUUAUUAUUAUUAUUAUUAUUAUUAUUAUUACCUAAAAAGCGGAGAACCACCUACCUGGUUAAAGCACUGUGUGACGACAAAAGCCGAGUUUAUCUUGAUUAGGAAACAACUGUUAUUAGACGGCAGAUUCAUCUUGUCCACAGAAUA